AUGUCAAUUCAAUUCAUAUUAGUAUUAAAUAGACAAGGAAAAUCUAGAUUAGUUAAAUGGUUUAAUAAUUCAAUAACAAUUCAACAAAAGCAACAAAAUAUAAUAGAUAUUCACAGAUUAAUAUCAAGUAGAGAUUCAAAACAUCAAUCAAAUUUUGUAUUAUUUAAUCAAUCACAAAAAAAUCAACAACAAUCAUAUAAGUUAUGUUAUAGAAGAUAUGCUGGACUUUAUUUUAUUAUAGCAAUAGAUUUAGAAGAAAAUGAUCUAGUUUAUUUAGAAAGUUUACAUUUUUUUGUUGAAAUCUUGGAUACUUAUUUUAAUAAUGUUUGUGAAGUUGAUUUAAUUUUUAAUUUUUAUAAAUUAUAUUAUAUUUUAGAUGAAAUUUAUUUAGGUGGAGAAAUUCAAGAUAUACUGAAAUCUAAAAUUUUAAAUAGAUUAGAGAAAUUAGAUAUGUUAGAAUCUUGA